AUGCCUUCGUUCGCUCUAGCCUAUAAGUACUUGUUGACUGUGCGGACUGCCAGGGCAACGCCUACUGCUGAGGCUGUGAUCACUAUAGUCGCUAACCUGAAGAUGUCGUCUAUUGAACAGCUGCUAUUGACUGCUCCAGCAGGCUUCGCAUUCACCUCAAACUGCCUUGUGGCGACGACUACCACUGUGGAGGAAGAGACUGGCUCGUUGACAGGAGAGUCAACGGUGACCACCCGA